UCUGGCACCAUCCAUCUUCCAGUGCUGCCACACAAGCCAGGCUUGCUGGGGAGAGAGUCCAAAGAGAUACUCCUUAGUCUUCAGCAGUGAACUUUGUCUGAGUCCAGGAAGAGGGAGAGGCACCCGCCCUGAGAGAGAGAGAUCAGGAUGGACACGAUAGAGGACACAAUGCAGCGCCUUCGCGAGGCCUUCAGCUCCGGGAAGACGCGGCCGGCCGAGUUCCGGGCUGCGCAGCUCCGGAGCCUGGGCCGCUUCCUGCGCGACAACAAGCCGCAGCUGCAGGACGCGCUCGCCCGGGACCUGCGCAAGUCAGCCUUUGAGUCCGAAGUGUCCGAGAUAGCCAUCAGCCAGGCUGAGGUGGACCUGGCCCUCAGAAACUUGCAGGCGUGGAUGAAAGACAAGAGUGUGCGUAAGAACCUGGCCACACAGCUGGAUUCGGCCUUCAUCCGGAGGGAACCAUUCGGCCUGGUGCUCAUCAUCGUGCCCUGGAACUACCCUCUCAAUCUGACGCUGGUGCCCCUGGUGGGAGCCAUAGCCGCAGGGAACUGUGUGGUGCUUAAGCCCUCAGAGACCAGCAAGGGCAUGGAGAAGAUCCUGGCUGAGGUCCUGCCCCGCUAUCUGGAUCCGAGCUGCUUCGCUGUGGUGCUGGGUGGGCCACAGGAGACUGGGCAGUUGCUGGAAUGCAGGUUUGACUACAUCUUCUUCACAGGGAGCCCUCGUGUAGGUAAGAUUGUUAUGGCUGCUGCUGCCAAGCACCUCACACCUGUGACCCUGGAACUGGGGGGAAAGAACCCCUGCUAUGUGGAUGACGACUGUGACCCCCAGACUGUGGCCAACCGCGUGGCCUGGUUCCGCUACUUUAACACCGGCCAGACCUGCGUGGCCCCCGAUUAUGUCCUGUGCAGCCCUGAGAUGCAGGAGCGGCUGCUGCCCGCCCUGCAGAGUGCCAUCACCCGCUUCUAUGGCGAUGACCCCCAGACCUCCCCCAACCUGGGUCGCAUCAUUAACCAGAAACAUUUCAAGCGGCUUCAGGGACUGCUGGGCUGUGGCCGCGUGGCCAUCGGUGGCCAGACUGACGAGCGUGACUGCUACAUCGCGCCCACGGUGCUGGUGGACGUGCAGGAGACGGAGCCCGUGAUGCAGGAGGAGAUCUUCGGGCCCAUCCUGCCCCUGGUGACCGUGAGGAGCCUGGACGAGGCCAUCGACUUCAUCAACCGCCGGGAGAAGCCGCUGGCACUGUAUGCCUUCUCCAACAGCAGCCAGGUGGUGAGGCAGAUGCUGGCCCGGACAAGCAGUGGGGGUUUCUGUGGAAACGAUGGCUUCAUGCACAUGACGCUGCCCAGCCUGCCUUUUGGAGGAGUGGGUGCCAGCGGCAUGGGCCAGUACCACGGCAAGUUCUCCUUCGACACCUUCUCCCACCAGCGAGCCUGCCUACUGCGCAGCCCCAGGAUGGAGAAGAUCAAUGACUUCCGCUACCCACCCUACACGCCACGCAACCUCAGGGUACUGCUGAUGGCCAUGGAGGAGUGCAGGUGCACACUGCUCUGAGCCCGUGGCCUGGGGUGCACAGCCCAGCACGGGGCAGUGCUGCCCUCCGCCUUCUAGGGGUUUCCCUUUUGAGGCCUUCAGCUGCUCCCAAGUAGAAUAGGCUAAGGGUGGGAGUGUGGGAAAGGGUGCAAUGACCUGUACCCUUCCCCAUGCCAGCCACUGUGUCCUGGGAGAAGGGGGCACCCAGAACCUACCUCUGUGCUCUGUGAGCAGGCCAAAACUGUAUCCUCUGAGCCUCAGUUUACCAUCUGAUCUGCACAGUGAAACGCCUGAGAUUACUGGGAGGAUUAAACUAGGGGAU